UUGCGGUGAUGUCAGAGCAGCUGACUCUACAGCUUGCAGUGUAAUUAGCGAACAGAGCACUCACUCACUUCGUCUAACUUCCUCUGCUUUUCUUAACCCUGGAGUACUACUGGUGUUGAUAUUUCCGAGGCUGCUCUUGUGUGUACUGUAUGUGCACGCUUUCAUUUAUAUAGUUGCAUAGUUGCAAACCGAUUACUUCUUUGCUCGUUUCCUUAUAAUUCCAUGGGAAGCACUAAAACUACCGAUACAUUGAUCGGAUCGAUACGGCUUGCUAGUGAGAAAUGUUAUGAAGGAAGAAUGGAGUUCCCAGACCAUAGCCGCCAGUUGCUGCAGUGUCUGAGUCAGCAGCGUCACCAAGGUUUCCUUUGCGACUGCACUGUUCAUGUUGGAGAGGCGCGAUUCAAAGCACACAGAGCAGUGCUGGCCUCUUGCAGCAUGUACUUCCAUCUCUUCUAUAGGGACCAACUAGACAAAAGGGACCUUGUACAUCUGAACAGUGACAUUGUGACAGCCCCUGCUUUCAGCCUGCUCCUUGAAUUUAUGUAUGAGGGGAAACUGGAAUUCAACAACUUGCCUGUGGAAGAUGUGCUGGCUGCAGCCAGCUACCUCCACAUGUACGACAUUGUGAAAGUGUGCAAAAGCAGGCUGAAAGAUAAAGAGUUGUGCUUUUUGGAGGAAAAGAUUAAUGAUGGGGCAGCACUGGGCUGCCUGGAAAAGGAGAAGAGCUCUUCAGACAGAGAGCAGCCUGAGCAUGUACAGCAGCAGCAGCCCCCGGCAGAUGAAUUUGACACCGACAACAGCAAGGCAAGAUUGGCUGUCACGGAUUGUGAAAGGUCUGCACAGAGCAGGCAGAAGGCGAACGGUCACCCUGGCAGGUCCCCGGACCUUGUAGGUGUCAAUUAUGUGUCAGCGGAGGCCGAGUCCUGCAUCCGAACAGCUGGAAAAACAAAAGCUGAUGUCAGUAGUUCUACGGGGGCUCUGUCUCAGAGGUCUCGGGCUUCAGAUGACGCAGACUGUGCUCUGGAUUUGUCUUUCAAGCCUCUGUCGAGCAGAGAUUCCUUACACCCCUACGUCUCGGGACAGCUGGCUUCCGACAGCCAGCAGCAGGGCAGCGAGCCACUUGUUAAAGACGAACACGACUUGCUGUCAGACCAGGAGGACAGUGAGCCCAUGAGCCCCGAGAGCCAGCGCUUUGGGAAUUCAGCCAGGAGCUCGGUGGUGACAGGGUUCGCAGCCCUCUUCCCAGGCAACAACGGCUCCUCGGCUGCCCUCCACCCCCGGGAGGACGAGGAUAUGAUGGAGCAGGACGGAGCUGGGGGAAGAGGAGGGGUGGGCGGCAGUGAGGAGGAAGAGGAAGACGACCUGGCCUCUUCCGAUAUCUCCACCUCCAGCGGCGUGCUCCUGCCCCCCGGCCAGCAGAUCUGCGUGUGCCCCCUCUGCAGCAAAGUCUUUCCCAGCCCCCACGUGCUUCAGCUCCACCUCAGCUCCCACUUCAGGGAGAAGGACGGCACCCGCUCCAAGCUGUCUCCUGAUGGCUCGGUGCCCACCUGCUCCCAGUGUGGCAAGACCUUUUCUUGCAUGUACACCCUGAAGCGCCACGAGAGGACACACUCUGGAGAAAAGCCCUACACCUGCGCCCAGUGUGGCAAGAGCUUCCAGUACUCGCACAACCUGACCCGCCACGCCGUGGUCCACACACGCGAAAAGCCACACGCCUGCAAAUGGUGCGAGAGACGCUUCACUCAGUCUGGGGACCUCUACCGACACAUCCGUAAAUUCCACUGCGGCCUUGUCAAGACCCUGGCUAUUGGAUAAUGAAGAAUUACUACUGGAGCUGUACAGAGUAGAGAGUAUAUAUAUUUUAUAUACGGUAUAUGUAGAUAUGUACAGGUCAGUAUACAGAACAAGCACCACCACACUUGGCGGUUACAGUAUGGUUGCAUUGUAAAACUAGCCCAAUUACAAUUUCCGUCCAACAAGCCAUUUGUCUGGCAUAUUUAUUUAUGGAAAGAGAGGUUUAAGUUGCAGAUCAUGCAGGCCAGUAACGUUCCUUUUGGUUAAAACCAACACCAUGUGGAGCAAUCACAAAAGCUGAAAUAGCAGUACUUUGAUUACAAUUUGGUAAGUUCUGUAUCUUCAAUUAUGCAAAACGCAGUCUUCUUAGGUUUGCAGCAACUUGUCAAGUAUAUGGAUGGCCUUCUACUGUAGGGUGACGGUAAUAUGCAUAUUUAAGUAAUAUGAAUUCUGUAGUUGAUACACACCAUAAAAUUGACAGCUUCAUAAAAAUAAAAAAAUGUAAGUAGGGUUUACUUCAUAGCAUACAUUCAGUAUUCAGGUGUGGAAAGGUAAACUCUUUAUAUAAUGGAAGUGAUGACCUUUUAAAUGCCAUACACCUUUACAAACACACACACACACGUUCAUUUAUAAGUAUUGGUCUUUGACUUUGUGUGGAGAGUGUAUAACAACAAAAGGCACCGACAUUGCCAAUGGUUCCCAUAGCAAAACAAAUGAAGUGUACUUAAAAGAGAGUUUAAGUCGUGCUGUGUUUAUUUUUUUGGUUUUGUUUGGCGCUUUUUUUUUUUUUUACGGCCAAGACAGUAUUGCGAUUUUGUUUUUCAAAUAAGUCCCCACAUUCCUGUCCUAACCACAAAAGAAUGGCCUGCUGUUGAAAGACAGAAGAAAAUGUAUUGAUUCAGUGCAGCAGCUAGAGGUUAAGCUAAAGGGUGCUGAGGCUGCUUGUGAUGACUGUGUAAGCUGACCUAUGUAUUUUUUAUGUUUUCGGUUUUGUUGCUAUGAUACAUAUUUAUCGGCCACUAAACUUUUUUUUAUAUAUAUAUACAAAAUGUCUACUAAUGCUGCAACAUAUUAUGUAAAUUAUUCGCAGACUAUAAAUCCUAUUUAGAGGUGUCUUCGCCCCUUGUUCUGCUGCCACCUGUUACCCGUGUCACAGUUCUCACAUUUAAAGGUGCCUGAAAGAUGGGUUUAAGCAAUACCAGCACACUAUUUCCAGGUUUCAGUAUGUGUCAGACAUUAACUGUUUAGAUUUGGUAUACAUGUGAACCCAAUUCCCCACGUACACAUACAAGCUUAAAUUUAAUAGGGGGAAGUGUAAAAGUAUAUAUUAAAUAUAUAGAUAUAUAAUCGACACUCCAUUUUGGUGAGCAACAGAGUAAGUUAUAAUUGUAUAAUAUUUUGCAGCUAUUUUAUGAACUACUGAACAUAAUGCAUGUACACAUUUAAACAGUCUGGGCACACAUGCUGGGUUAAAUAAUGUCACAUACUGUUUUCAAAAUGUACUGUUUCUCUGAGCCUCUUUUCAGUGCUGUGCUAUGUUAGUACUGUGAUUGGAUUCUGUCGAAUACUGUGUGUGUGAGUUCUGGUAUUUUGCUGUGGCUGGAAAUAGCACUAAAAAUCUACUAAGUUUUAUUUUUGAAUGUAUUUUUCUUUUUUUGUUUUCUCUCCUGAUAAAACUUGAUCUAGUAUUUAUUAGUUAGGGGUUUUAUUUUAUUUUGGUUCAGGGUUUCUUAGGGUGUGUUAUUAAGUAUUAUCUUUAUUAACCAUUUCCAAGCACAUUGAUUUUGUCAUUUAAAACAAGAAUAGGAAAUGUUCAGCUUGGGUUCUUAAAUUUGCCACUUGGCUCUUCUUAUUCAUUUUAACUGAUCAGUACUUUGAAGGACUGUUAUGGCCCCUGAUGCAGGUACUGUUUCUAGCUAUAGGGGCUGGCAAUUAUUUUUUCUUCAUGAUUUACGUGUACUAUAAUAUUAAUUGUUUGUAUAAAGGGGUCAGAUUCAAUAAGCACCAAGUUUGUUUCAUUAUGUAUGUCCUCUGAAAGCAUUGCGUUGUUUAAAAAUAAAAAGGAGGACUUGUAGUUUUGUCCCAGACUUGUAACGUUUUAUUUUCAAGAGAUUUACGCUUUUGUGGACAUACAAAUACCGUGAAAUGACCAUCAAUUAUUAAAAGGGAAAACAAAGUGUUACACAACUUAAAGAGCUCCUACACACGUCUCAGUUGUUUCUUGAUAGUUGUGUAAUAUUCCUACUUUGUUUUUUCUGUAAAUGCUUUGUGAAUGUGGCCCAGUGUGUCUUAUUAUAUGAACAGAACAAAAAUCUUAAGAUGUGCUUCAAAAGAAAACAAAAAGGCAGCACUUGUUUUGAGCAUGCAUGGUAUAAUUUCCUUUGUGUCUGACCUUCACACUGUAUAUGGCAUUUAAAAAAAAACAAAAAACCCAUUACUUAAUCAAAACCAGGAGAGUUACCUGACUUUGAAUCGCUAAAAUUGAUUCAAAUGUGUUUAGCCAAUACAGGGAAAUAAGCAACCAAGGCCUGCAUCAGCAAAGAGACUGGCAAAACAAAAGCUGUGCUUGCGAAGAAGCUCAUUUAAAAGUAAAUAAUGAACACUACUAGCCGAUGGACUCUACUUAGUGAAUACCUCCAUAGAAAACAAAGUCACUGAAAAGAAUGACCGUUGUUUUGUUCAUAGGAAUGUCUGGAUUAAUAGCCUGCAAAUUUCUCCUUUCUUAUUUACUUUAAUUACCUUGCUUGUUUUCUUUUUUUUACUAGUAAGGAAUACUUCAAACAUAACACCUUGCACUAAUAAAUUCCCUGUGGUGAACCCAGUGUAUUUAUUUAAGGGAGUAUAGGAACAACUGUAAACAGCUGCAUUGUUUUUGAGAAAGCAAAGGACGUCCUUCUAAGUGUGCCUAAGAUAAGGGUUUCAUUGUAUUACUGCUCUAAAAAAGAAAACAAGGAUUGCACACUAGGAAGUGUUAUGUUGCAUUUUGAUUAGAAGUAUCUAACUGCAUUUUAACUCUUUAAAUCCUAGCAUCAAGAAUUUGAAGUAAAUAGCGAUCAACUGUCUAUUUUACAGCCUGUUUAUGUUGUGUGUUUGUUUACUUGGUAUUAAUGUGUUGUGUUGUUAAAUAAGGUUAACCAGAUUUGCUAGACCUUUGCUCCAAGUUGCAUGUUUUUAGCUUGUUUUUAUUGAAGGCAAAACUAUAGCAAGUGGGAGUUUUUGAACCAGGUUAGUGAAAUUAUGGAUACAUCGAACACUGAUAUAACACCUUUAGUUGUUUAUUAUGUUAGAAUAAUUCUAAUUUACAGUAUCAGAAAUUAAUUCAAACAGCUGGUUUCACAGAGCCAGAUUAGCUACCUUUAAUUAAGGUAAGGUAUUUUAAAAUGAGUGCUAAUUGAGUUUUGUUGUUGUUACUGUGUCUGCUAUUUGUAUGGGUGACUCUGUGCACAAUACACAGAUCUGUAGUUAUACUGUAUACAAUAUUGCUUUUAGCCUGCUGUGUUAAGGAACUGAUACAUGUUAACAAAACAUGGUUCUUUUAAAAGAGUUACAAACAAGCAAAUUACAAACAAACCCAUAUUUUAUAGAAAUCUAUAAUUUAUAUGGAAAAUAUAUAUAUAGAGAGACAAAUGUGUAUAUAAAUGUGUGUAUCUGUAUGGGGUUGUUAUUAUAUAAAUGCUGGAAGGUUAAAAAUCAUUUGUAUCUGUCAUUUAUAGAUUGUCAAGCUAGGAUUUAAAGGGUUAAAUUUGAUUGUAAUUAAAAAUAUUGAAAUUGGAAUCUUCUGCACUGUGAAACUGUGUAUAAUCAUGAGUAUUUAUUGUUUGUUUCCAUGUGAAAUCUGCUGUAAUUUUGACGUGUAUAAUGAAAGCUACUAAAUGUCAAAUGGGAUUUUUUUUUAUAGAAUUUGUAGAAGUGCCGUAGAGUUGAAUAUAAUUUUUUACAAAAAAAAAAAAACACUUUCUAUUUUGUAGAAAAUCAAAUGCUUCAGUGUUCGUGCUUUUGUAGUCAGUAGAGGACAAUCGGUAUGCUAAAGAAUGGUGUUGGUUAGGGCUCUGGGCGCUUAUUUAGAUUUUGUUCGUGUGGAUUUUUGUUUGUGUUUGUUUUUUAGUGUGUGCUGUGAAACUGUGACAAUCCUGAUUUAAGCCUGUUUUGUCCUUUAUUUAGUUUUGCAUAAAUUAAAAGAGAAUGCACUGUG